AUGUAAUAAUAACAGUAAAAAAAAAUUUAUUAUUUAUGGAAAAAAGGGAAGAAUAGGAAGUUUAAAAAUGUGCAUAAAGAAUGCAAUGAAACUUUGAAAGGAUGUACAGUGAAUAACAUUGGGUAGGGUGGUCUUAAUCAGAUGGAAUCAUGCACUGAUUACAUGUAGGAAAAUCAAUAUAAUACAACUCUAAAUAAACAAUAGAUAUAUUUUUUGAAAUAUGGAAGCGGAAAGUGUUUGAAGAAGAGAUUUGAUAUAUUUGGUUAAAAGACUGAUUAUGAAUGUAAAUCAUAAUGAAAUAAAUUUAUGAUUUAAAUGAGAUAGCAACAGUAUACAAAUAAGGGAAUUCAUUGUGUCAUUAGGACAACUUGCAAAGAUGUAUGAAAAAAUAGGAUGGAUAACUAAUAGUUAAGGAAAUAGAUGCUAAUAAAAAAGGAGAAGCAUAAAAAAAUAAGGCACAUUAUACUGAUUUAAAAAUUAUCAACAAUUACCAUAAAUGUCAAGAAUAUGAUAGAAAUUUUGAUUGUGUUACAUCUGGAAAUGGAGGUUGUAAAAAUAGGCCUUCUAUUUGUUCUGGAUAUGUUGGAGAAGAAAAUUUUUGCUCUAUAAAAGAUCAAGGAUGCAUUUGGAUUAAUCAAUAUGGUUAAUUAAAUAAUGCUAUUAUACUCCAUCAUAAUAUGCACAUUCUGAUUGUAAAUUAUUAGGGAAUUUUAUGGGGAAACUAGAAGGUGGCUGUCUUGCCAUACAGUAAAAAUGUGAAAAAAUCUAUUAAUAGGUUGGAUGUGAUUAAAAUUUAUAAAGAAAAGAAUGUUUUUGCUUAAACAACAAAUUUAUAUUAUUGAUUUGGAGAUAGGAGAAUGCUUUAAAUUUAGAUAAUUUCUAAAAUAAUUAAAUAAAGUUACCAAACUGUUCUAUUAGUUAAGCUUGCCAAAUUAGUCUAAAUUGCAUAAUCAAUAUAUAUUAAUUUGGAUGUGUAGAUUAUUUUUGUGAUAAAAUAUCUUGA